UACGCCUCAUUGUCUAUACGUUUCGUCGAAAGGACAUGCUGUAUGUAACUCAGAUCAUGCAUAAGGAUUGGGCUACGUCGUCUUACGAGGACAGGGUUGUCCUGAAGGAAAAAUGCAUUUUCGCGUUCCAACUUGCCAGGUGUUUCAUAAUUAUGGUUUAUCUUCUGGGGGCGGAGGAGAAGGUUCUGCCGUUUCGCGGCUACUUCUUCAUUAACCAGACGGUCUCGCCCAUCUACCAGUGUCUCUACGUCUUCAACGUGAUGGCCGGUGGCUUCGCGGGUGGCACGAUAACCAGCGCGACGGGCUUCAAUCUGAUCGCGAUAACGCACGGAUCGGCAAAAUUCUCGACGCUGCGAAGGAAACUCGAGAUGAUGAGUUGCGAUGAUCCCGACAUCAAACAAAUUAUGGCUGACUGUGUCAAGCGUCAUCAGGAUGCUAUCGCUUUCGCGGAUGUGCUGGAGAGGCUCAUAAACGUCCUGGCAUUAGGACAGUUUGUCAUCAGCACCGGUCUGGUGUGCUUCGCGGGAUUUCAAAUCACUUCAAUGUUGAGGAACAAAGGACGUUUGAUGAAGUAUUCGGCUUUCCUAAAUGCCGCUAUCCUCGAGAUUUUCAUGUUCAGUUUCAGCGGGAAUGAUUUAAUAAUUGAGAGUGAUGCCGUGGGCGAGUCGGCUUACAGUAGCGGCUGGAUCGGCGGUACAUUUUGCCAAAGUCUGCAAAUCAUGAUGUUACGGUCGGCCGUUCCUUCCAGGAUCACCGCCGCCAAAUUCUACAGCAUGUCCCUUGAAAGCUUUGCCCAAGUGCUCAGCACGUCCUUCUCCUACAUGAUGGUUUUGAUGGCAACGAGCCACGAGUAGGGAUCAGCGUGCGGCAUUGGCGAUUUCGGUGCGGACUCCAUCUCACAGAGAAUACACUAGCCGAAGCCCGUCAGCCCAAAAAUACACGCGCGGAUCAAAAAGGACCUAUGUGAAAGUCGCGGCGCGCUUUCAGAAUUCGCAUGAAAGGCGGAUGAAGAAGAAGCGCCCGAAGCUGCAAGAGCUGUGGCGGCGGGACGAAGAGCGUACGACACGGUGAUGGGCGAAAUGGAAUAUACAUCCCCCCCCCCAUAACGGCCCGC